CACUGUUUCUGCUCGCGGUAAAAUUCAAUGGCGUCCGCUGCGUGGAUCAAACAGCCCCGCCUCUUCCAGCCCACUGCGUCCCCUAGGUCGGCUUUUCCACGCAUGCGCGUACACGCACCUCCACAUCGCAAAAAAAAAAAAAAAAAAUAGAUAUGGCUUUUCAUCGAAAUGGGACAUAAAAUACGGUUUUCUAGGGAGAUAGGGAUUCGUGAGACAAACGCCCGACCGCCUUUUUGUUGGUCUUUAUGCGCUGCUGAUGGUAGAUGGUAUCCAGCGAGCUGUGUCUGCCAGAGGAAUACGACGACUCGGCGAGUAAUAUGAAGGAGAUGAUCGGAGGCUGCUGCGUCUGCUCGGAUGAGAGAGGUUGGGCCGAAAAUCCCCUAGUCUACUGCGACGGUCACGGCUGUAACGUUGCCGUCCACCAAGCCUGCUAUGGUAUUGUCCAAGUCCCCACAGGCCCCUGGUUCUGCAGGAAAUGUGAAUCACAGGAACGUGCUGCCAGGGUGAUUAAAGGGUGGAGGGGGAGAAAGCCGAGCUGGCAGACCCCUGAAGAAGGAGGACUGUCCACCACCUGUAACAAAGAGGAUGAGGACAGCAGACUGAGCAGAAGUUUAAAAACUUUGAACAUAGUGAGGUGCGAGCUGUGUCCCCACAAAGAUGGAGCACUGAAACGAACAGAUAAUGGAGGUUGGGCCCAUGUGGUUUGUGCUCUUUACAUCCCAGAAGUGGAGUUCGCCAACGUAUCCACCAUGGAGCCCAUUGUGCUUCAGUCUGUCCCUCAUGAACGUUAUAGUAAGACAUGCUACAUCUGUGAGGAACAGGGCCGUGAGAGCAAAGCUGCUUCUGGAGCCUGCAUGACAUGCAACAAACAUGGCUGCCGACAAGCCUUUCAUGUCACAUGCGCUCAGUUUGCUGGGUUGUUGUGUGAAGAACAGGGCUCAGAUGCUGAUAAUGUGAAAUACUGUGGAUACUGCAAGUACCAUUACAGUAAACUGAAACAUAAAGAAAGAGAUCGCCACAAACCAAAGCACAAAAAGGCUUUGGAAUUAUCACCUUCCUUGGUGCCAGCACUGAUGGUGUCCUCUGAGAAGAGCUACAACAGCAGCAGUGGCGGAAGUGUCUCCUCCAUUUCCUCCACUCAGAAGCGACUGGACGACAGCGGAGGUCGUUUCACUAAUGCCAACUUCCAGGAAGUUCCGUCUCACUCCAGUUCCAGCUCCAAGGAUGGCAGCUCCUCUGAUGGCAAGAGCUCGGAUGGCAAAUGCAAGAAGUCCAGCAAUCACAGCACCAGCUCAAUCUCUGGCUCCAGGGGCCGCAAGUUGGCACCGGGCAAACCCCACGGCCCCGUGGUCACCACAGCGACGUCAUCCACAGCUCCCUCCUCAACCAGUCCUUUUCAGCAAGGUCUUUUAUUAGGCAACAGCAGCAGUAAAUCAGCCACUAGUGGGUCUGUGGUUCAGCCCACAUCUGAUUUCCUCAGCUUCUCUGAUCCCAGCCUAAGAGCCGGUGACUCGUACACACCUCCAUCCUUUAGCCAUUACCACAUGAAGGGUGGUGCAGAAAGCGCAGCCUCUGAAGGCAUGGUGGCUCUCAACACCUUCAGCAUGAUGUCCCUCCCCCAAAGCUCCAGCUCAAGCAAGCAUUACGAAAACUGUCACCCAGCCGGAGAGCUGGGAAGCCUGGCCUCGGCAGGCUACAAAAGACCCCAGCCCUCCUCAUCCUCUUCUUCUGCGACAUCGUCUUCAUCUACUGGCGAGGAUGGCGGGAAGAAGAAGAAGAGAGGGAAUUGGAGGAACCGGUAUGGACCGUGCUUCACCACCCAGGACAGUAAAACCACUGAUAUGGGAGAGCAUGGGUCCACAAUGCCCUCAUCCACUUCCCCCUCGCCAUCCUCUAUGAGCACCAUGGCCUGCCGCGGGAGUGCAGUCAGCAGUACAGGAGGUGUGGGAGCAGUGGGUGCUGGUAGCAGCAGUCUGGGGAUUCAGAAGUCCCCAUCCCUCCUCAGGAAUGGAAGCUUACAGGGUAUGACUGUCAGCUCCCCACCUGCUGGACCAGGUUCGUACCCCAGCAGUAGUGAUGUAGCCUGCCCAUUGCCCAGUGCGGUGUUUGGAGGGUCACCUGCUCAUCAGUCAGUAGUCACUUCCAUGCCCACUCUCACCUCACUGCCCCCGACCGCCCCGUUCACCAGCACCUCAUCCACACAUUCAAACUCUCUCCCGGGAUCCUUUAACCUGGCGCCAACCCAUAUGUUCGGAAACAGGCUGAAUCCGAAUUCCAGCAUGGCUGCACUGAUCGCCCAGUCUGAGGGCUCCCCGGCAGAUCAGGAGCUAGGAGACGGAGCUCUCGGCUUCUCCAGAAGAGGAAACUCGCCAAAGACAAACCUCUCCCCUCGGUCUCCGUUAAGUGGGCUUCAUAUCCGGUAUGACUCGUCAGGACCGUUGGUUCCAGGGCUCGGAUCUGGUUCGGAUAUGUUGCCCCCGGUGGCCACCAGCAUCGACCAGCUGCUGGAACGGCAAUGGAACGAAGGACAGCAGUUCCUCCUACAACAGGGCUCACAAGGAGAUGUUCUGGGAAUGCUGAAGUCCCUGCACCAGCUGCAGGUGGAAAACCGGCGUCUGGAGGAACAAAUCCGAACUCUCACCAUGAAAAAGGAACGACUGCAGCUCUUGAGCGCUCAGCUCUCUGUGCCUUUCACCCCCGCGAGCGCCACGGCCACCGCUGCCUCUUCUCCUCUGUACCCCAGCAACACUCAUGCAGACAUGCUGCACAGCAAGAGCAUUCAGCUAGGCAGCAGUGUUUUAACAGAGUCCUCUCAACCCUUGCCCACUCAGGAUCCCCUGUCUGGUGGCCAUAGUAGCGGAAGUAGCACGUCCUCUCUCUCCACCCCUUCGUCUGCGGCCCACAGUCCCCCCCAGCAGCAGAUGAACGGAGUCGGCAUGGCCGGGGUGGCCAUCCAGCCUGGCAAUGCCAACUCGUCCCUGCCUGCCAUAGCCGGGGUGACGGGUCUGAUGGGCGCUCUGCAGGGGAACCACCUGGCCAUGAGUGGCAUCGUGGGUGCCCUAAACGGAGUCAUCCAAACCUCCCCCAGCCUGGCCCAGAAUAACAGCCCCCUGCCCCAUCCCUCAGCAGCUACCAGCGCAUCCCUGCCCAUGUCCAACAGUCUCAGUAACAGCAGCAUGACCACUGCGAAAACCAGUGGAGCAAGGCUUUUCAGCGAUCAGCACAGGCAGAUCCUCCUCCAUCAGCACCAACUGCAGCAGCUUUUCAACUCUCAGCAGGCCAUACCGGAACAGCAGCAGGCUCUGCUCUCUCAGUUAAUGCAACAACAACAGCAGCAGCAGCAGAAUGACAUUCAGCUACAGCAGCUGCCAAUCAACAGCCUCCUGCCUGCCAUGCAGCCAGCCAUCACCACAAACCCCUUCCUCGCCAUGCACAAUGACAACAACACUCCUAAAACUGGAGUUGGUACUGCAACUAUCAAACAGACAAAAAGACUGGGAGAGAAGGCAGUGUCUGUGACCGGACAGGAGAAGACCUGAUGUAGAAAACAACAUUUUGGAGGAGUUCUGUCUUAUGGAUCCUUCUCAUCUGCCCACCCCAAGAGCCUUGCAAUCUGAGCAGUAAGACCAGAACAUUCACCCACAGCACGAAACCCUCACCAGCACCAGCCUUCAUAUAUACACACACUUGCCAAUUUGAUGCCCAUCUGGCAAACAACAUGCUGCACUGAGUUUGAGUAAAUCACUUGCUGUAAACUUACUGGAUCCCAUGGGGG